AUUGCAAGUUUGUAUUGAAAAACAAAGAGGCAUAGUCAUGGCAGCCAAAAAGACAAAACUUGUCACGUUGAAAUUAUCACCCGAAAAACUCUCGGGCUUUCCAGAUUUAGCUGCACAUGUUCACAAGCCGAAGCCACGAAGCAAACCAACCAAAGCUCCACAGGCAAAGUUGAAACUGAAUCUGAGCAGUCCAGAAGUAGUAUCCAGAGAACAGUCAUUGAAGCCAGCAGGAUCACUGAGUGAUGUCCAGGACGGCAGCAAUAGUCCUGUCGCUACCGUGGGUAAUUUGUCAAACCUCAAUAAUAUUGGGAACAAUAACGCUAACAGUGGUACUGUUGGAACUGGUAGUGCUAGUGCUACGAGCAACAUAAAUGCUGGCUCAAAGUUGUCAUCCAACGUUCGUGUAGGUGUAAGUGGUUUGGUUAUGAAUACCAGUAUUGUGAGAGAAUUAGACAAAAGCGGACGGAGGACGAGCAAAUGGGCCAAGUUUGAUACCAUUCCUGGAACAGAAGGAAAUAAUAAUAGUAAUGAAAACACUGGGGAGCUGGCUAACAAAAGCAUUACAAAUGGCGCUGGCGUCAGCGAAACUCAGAAAGAUGCAACUACGAUUGAAACUGCCAAUAUUACAAUAGCCAACGCAGCUUCUAUAACUGCUAAGGCCAACUCUAUAAGUGUGUCAUCACACAAGAAAAUUCCCGAAGUUGGAGAGCUCGAUAAGAAUAACGGUGUGAUUAGCAUGCGAGACCUGAGGGGCUUCAAAGAACACGAACUGAUAGGCAAGGAAAACCAACUGAUAGAGGAGGCUAGAAAGAGAGGUCGCAAAGUAGUCAGAAGCUUCAACGGAUAUUUGAUGUUGUGGCCAAGUUGGCACAAAACGGAAGAGGGCAAUCUGGAGAAGAAACUAAACGGUACGAGUGACAGUAAGCAAGGGAAUCUGAAAAAGAAAGACACCAAAACCACAUCUUUGAAAAACAGUCCAACGAAAGUCAGUAAUGGGCUCGAGUCAGCAACACCUUCGGUAACUAAUCUAGAAGCGAUUGCAGAGAUUGCCACUGAUGCCAAUGCUGCCGACUCUGGACCGGCCACAGAUGCAAAAUCUUCCAUUCUGACUUCGUCCGCAGUCAAAAUGGAAAUAUAAAUUUCCUGUAUAGUAUAAAAAAGUUAAACAUCGAUUUGAAAAGAAAAACAAAUACAGUAAGUUUGGCGCUGAUAUGUAAAUGGAAAGAAUGCACAAAUUAAUCUUUUAUAAACCCGGAAUA